AUGUUCUCCAAACUUAAUAUAUUGCGAGGGAUCAAAUGCUUAAUGUAUUAAUAUUGGCAGGCGCACACUACAUUUUGGUAUACGACAAUUGAUACAGAAGGAUGGAAAAUAGACAACAAUGUUGAAAUGUAAACAAGCUAUGUUAUUCAAUUAAAUUAGCAGGAGGUUAGAAUUUAUAAGCAAAUUCAACUUUAGAGAGAAUUUUAAAAAAUAUUUCUCCUCACUUUUCCAUUGAUAUAAAAUUAAAGUUAUGGAAGAUUUUCAAAAACUGAUGUGAAUUAUAUUUUAAAUCUCGAUGAAAACUAAUAUAAUUUAAACCAUAAACUUAAUGGUCAAUAAAUUGGAAUAUAAAGUAUUGAAAUAUAAAUGAAACAUUCGUCUAAUGAUUUGAAAUUAUAUUUAUAAAGUAUCUCUAAAAAUCAGCAUACUUGA